AUGAUAGUUAGCUUUCAAUCUAGUUUUGUUUUCAUUAGUAUUUCCUUUCUUGCUAGUCAAUAUGUAAGUGCAGAUGAGGUUUCCUUUUACCAGAAUUAUUAUCAGAAAUAUGGAGGUGACCAUCUAAUUGUUACUGACCAGGGAAAAGAAGUUUGCCUAGUGCUUGACCAAUAUACAGGUUCUGGAUUUAUCUCAAAUCAAAAUUUUGGUUCUGGAGAUUUUAGCAUCAACUUAAAGAUACCAAACAAGAACACUACAGGAGUUAUAACAACAUUUUACUUAACAUCACUUCCAGUAAAUGAAAAUCCCGGAAUACCCCAUGAUGAGGUUGAUUUUGAGUUCCUUGGAGGAGAUAACAAAUAUACGUUAAGUACAAAUAUAUUUGCAAAUGAUGGAGGGAGUAGGGAACAACAGUUUAAUCUCGAGUUUGAUCCUACUGCUGAUUUCCAUACGUAUCGAAUUCUUUGGAACCAGUAUCAUAUCGUGUUCUUUGUGGAUGAUGUUCCUAUAAGAGUUUUCAAAAACAAUACUAAUAAUGGUGUGAAUUAUCCAUCAAACAAAAUGCACAUAGAAGCAACAAUAUGGAAUGAUACAAACUGGCUGGGAGAAGUGGAUUGGAGCCAAGCACCGUUCAGAGCUUAUUAUCGCGAAUUUUCGAUUAAUGGAUGUCAAUAUCAAGAAUCAAACCUUCAAGAUUGCUACAGCAAUAACUACUAUUGGAAUACAAUUACGAGUCUUACACCAGAUCAAAUUCAGAAAUAUGAAGAUGUGAAGGCUGACCAAAUGACUUAUAAUUAUUGCGUGCAGAACAAUACUAGAGAUUUUCCAGAAUGCAUGUUAAAUUGA